AUGUCGUCCAUUGAGGAAAUAUAUCGCUCUAUACCCCCGGUAACACGAACGUAUGUGACGUUGGCUGUGUUGACGACGCUGGGGUGCGCGCUGGAAGUUGUAUCACCGCUGAAACUGUACUUGUCGUGGACGCGAAUUCCUGUUCAGCCGUGGCGGUUGCUCACGAAUUUUACGUUUUUCGGACCGUCGAUAUCAUUGGACUUUAUAUUUCACGUAUUUUUUCUUGCUCGGUAUAGUCGUUUGCUGGAAGAGACGACGUUUCGCGGUCGCUCUGCAGACUACGCCUGGUUCCUCCUGGUCUGUGGGACCUUACUAACCUUGACAGCACCCUUCGUGAAUGUAUUGUUUAUGGGUCCGUCCCUAACGUUCGCCAUGGUUUACCUGUGGUCAAGACGGAACGAGAGUGUUUCUUUGAGUUUCCUGGGGUUGGUGAACUUUUCAGCACCGUUUCUUCCGUGGUUGCUGUUGCUGUUCACGGUUCUUUUCGGGGCGUCAGCGACCGUCGAUCUGCUUGGUAUUGCCGUGGGCCAUGUAUACUAUUUCCUGUCUGAUGUAUACCCAUCUCUGACGGGAUGCCGCCUUCUUGAGACACCGCGCUGGUUCGCGGCAUUCUUCGGCCCGGCUGACUUAACAGUGCCGUUUGCAGAUGCUGCGGCCCCCUUACGAACGUGA